AUGGCGACUCCGCCUUUUGAUCAGCGCAAUAAUCAGCAUCCUAUGCCAGAUGUCAUUCUAUCUCUCCCUCUGCGCACCAGUAACUUACACCAUCACUCCGCCGAAGACGGUGUCAGCGACCAUGAGUCGAGCGACUUUGAACUUACCGACGACGAAUCGAGUGACGGCAGGUCCUCCGUCGAGGCUGAAGUCGACUCUGAAGAGUCCGUCGAUGGAGGGAGCGACGAAGAUAGCGACGAUGAAGGUGAUGAUGCCAUGGACUGCGUUGACGAAAGUGACUACGGGGAACCCAUGGACGUAGACCCUUGA